GACUUCCAAACAUCAAUUUCCCUCCUGGCUAGCACCACCGUUCAUCCAUCACAAAAAUGUGGAUCUCUCCUAUAUUGUAGGUAUAGUUGUUCGUAUAGCAAGGCUACUCCGUAGCAGACGUACCUAUGCCAUACCUACUGUAUACCUACUCCGUAUUUCUGAUCCUGGAAUUUUGAGAUGUCCUGCAAAACUCACAGUUUCACCCCUGCUCCGUCGCUCGACAAAAUGCGGAAAUCUUCCUGCUUUCUCCUCUGCGCGGCCCUCCUGGCUGUCGUUGUCACCGUGGAAGGAGCCAUGCCUGCCGACACCGUAAGCAUCAGCACUGAGGAGGCGGACAAAGUGCUCUCCGCCCUCCGGGCGUCUCCUUACGCCGGCUCAGCUCCACUUCUUGAGAAGUUCUUCCGCAUGGUGACGCGCGUCAACGGAACCUCGAAAGCGACCCCCGUCACGGUCCUUCAGCCGGUCAACCCUCUGAAGGUCGUGCGCAACUGGUGGCGCUUCUCCGCGGGCGAGCGCAGGCGCGUGGCGCGCUACCACAUGCUCAAGGGCGUGUACAGCAAGUUCAAGCUGCGCAAGGCGGCGCGCUUCACCAAGUUCCCUACGUACGAGGGCGCCAAGGUCACGAAGCUGUCCGGCAGGAUCCUGCCCACCGUCGUGCUCAAGGGCGGCUCCGACGUUCUUCCCGUCGCGCUCGUCCUCGGCAACUUCUACGUCAGCAAGCACUUCGCGCUGCACAUCAUCUCCAGCUCCCUCACCCCAGGUGACCUCUAGGCGACAGAGGCAUCGAAACGCCCAUGUAACCGUGCUGCACAACCACUAGUUGUGGCCACGGUGUCUGCAGAGGAAUGGGCGGCAGUACAUCUCGUGCAUCAGCUGUUUCCAUCCUGGAUUGCGUGCAGCCUCGCUGCUGCAUCAUCUAUGGUGGCAACCGCUGAUGGGCGAGAGGGUUGACUUCAUUCAUGCCCACGAGGUCUCAACUUUCAACUUUGUUUUUUGAGCUAGUACACUACCUUGGUGUAAGAGUGCCGGUACUACGAGUGGAUUCUCAAAGCCCUCUCCAAGUGCCCCAAAGAAACGCCAUAGUGAUUAUUGUACGUCUUGGCGAUCACUAGCUUGUUACUCUCGGCUACUCAACCAGAACGCCUAACAAACGAAUGCAUGUGACGAGGGUGAGUAGCAUAUCCCAUACAAUUCAAC